AAAUACGUAUUUGAUAAUAUUUUAGAGGCAGAUUGUCCUAGAUUGCCUCCAGAUGAAGCAAUCACCAUUCCCAUGAUCAAAAGUGGUGAAGAGAUGCCUCAAAUUUUAUUGGACCUUCGAACGUCGCAAAUUUACCAAUGGAAGUCUAAUUUUAUCAUUUAUGAUGAUACCAUCAGUAGAGACAUGACAACCAGAAUAAUCCGUUGCAUAUCUCAAACUUUUCACGUACAGUCACAAAGUGCCAGUAUUACGUUAAUGAAAUUGCCAAGUAACUCAAGUUCUGCAAAAUUACACGAUAAUUUAAAAGAAAUUCUUUACUCGGUUAGAACAAGUACAAUGGGUAGAAAUUUUAUGGUGGUCGUUAGUUUUGAUUUGAUUGAAACAGUUAUGGAAUACGCGAAAAUGUUUAAUUUGGUCAACACUAAAAAUCAAUGGUUAUACGUGAUCGCCAACACGAAUUACAAACACGCUGAUAUAUUGAGGUUUAAAAAGCUUAUUAAGGAAGGCGACAAUAUAGCGUUUAUUUAUAAUUAUACGAGUGUCAAUACUAAAUGUACGGACGGCAUUUUGUGUCACGCCGAAGAAAUAGUUAACUCGUUUACUAAGGCCUUAGAUGAGGCAAUAUUAGAUGAAUUUGAAAUAGCCAGUCAGGUAUCAGAUGAGGAGUGGAACGCAAUAAGACCAACGAAAACUGAUCGUAGAAGUUGGUUAUUGGAUAAAAUGAAGGCACAUUUAUUGGCAAACGGAGUGUGUGGGAACUGCACCACUUGGAAAUUUUCAACGGGUGAAACGUGGGGUAAAGAAUAUAUGCAGAAAGGUUACACUGAAUCAUCUCCGGAUAUAUUGUCGGUGGGCACAUGGAGACCCAGUGAGGGUCCUUCAAUGACCGACGUACUAUUUCCUCACAUAACUCAAGGCUUUAGAGGGAAAAAUCUUCCUCUACUAACGUUUCAUAAUCCUCCAUGGCAGAUUGUUAAAACCAAUGAUUCGGGUGAAGUAACUGGAUACGGUGGACUAGUGUUUGAUAUAAUAAAAGAACUAGCCAAAAACUUAAAUUUCACCUACACUGUGGAAGUCAUCCCACCACCAUCAUCAUCAUCAUCAUCAUCAUCAUCAUCAUCAUCAUCUUCUACGCAUAAAAAUUCGACAUUAAAAGACAUCGCAGAAAUUUUAACUAAUAAUAUACCCGAAAUCUUUAAAGACAUGAUCAGGAAUAAAAGUGUGGCUUUGGGUGCUUGCGGAUUUACCAUCACGGAAGAAGGAAAGCAAUAUUUGAACUUUACCAUGCCAAUAACGACUCAAAGUUACACGUUCCUCGUUGCCCGACCCAGGGAACUUAGCCGAGCUUUGUUGUUUAUUUCGCCUUUUACAGGAGACACCUGGUUAUGUCUCUCAGCAGCUAUAAUUUUAGUGGGUCCCAUUUUGUACUACAUCCACCGUUAUAGUCCUGUCUAUGACUACAAGGGAUUUCCCAAAAGGGGCGGAUUGUCUUCGAUAGAAAACUGCAUUUGGUACAUGUAUGGGGCCCUUCUGCAACAAGGUGGUAUGCAUUUACCAUAUGCGGACAGUGCCAGAAUUUUGGUGGGGGCGUGGUGGUUGGUGGUUUUGGUGGUGGCCACAACUUACUGCGGAAAUUUGGUUGCUUUCCUUACGUUCCCGAAGAUCGACAUUCCCAUUACCACCAUCAACGAGCUUCUGGCUCAUAGAGACACCGUCACAUGGAGUCUGCCCCCGGGCAGCUUCCUCGAGAAAGAAAUAAAAAUUACAGGUUCCAAAUUUAAAAGGGUGUAUGAUGGCAAACUGAAUGUUAAAAAAACACCUGAAUUGAUUCGAUCAAUCGAAAAUGGCAAACACGUUUACUUUGAUUGGAAAAUUAGGCUCCAGUACAUUAUGAAGAAACAGUAUUUAGAGACCGACAGGUGUGACUUAGCAUUAGGGUUGGAGGAGUUUAUGGAUGAACGUAUUAGUUUUGUAGUGGCCCAAGACACCCCCUAUCUAAAUAUUAUAAACGACGAGAUCAAAAAGCUUCACCAAGUAGGUUUAAUAGACAAGUGGUUGAAAGAUUACCUUCCCCAAAAAGACAGAUGUUGGAAAAAUAGACAUAUUAUUGAAGUGAACAAUCACACUGUUAAUAUGGACGAUAUGCAAGGAAGCUUUUUUGUAUUGUUCUUUGGUUUCAUCCUAGGAUUAAUAUUGAUCAUCGCAGAAAAACUAUGGUUCAUCCACUCUGCGAAAAAGAGGAAGAAAAUAAUACAGCCAUUUACCACAUAAACUAUUUAUUUAAACAAAUAACGUGCUGUAAUUC